AUGGAGCAAGGCAGCUACGGCGGGGGUGGCAGCGUCGACGAUGUAGACGACGGCCAACUCCCCCCAUGCCCAGGAGUCUUGUAUGUUCUGCCCGACUCCAAUCGGCUGCCCGUCGCAGACUACCCUUUCUGCCUGCAUGGCAAGGGGCAAACGCCAUCGCCGUGGUCCUGCACUAUCCUUGAAGGUACCGUCUCGCUGCAUGCAGUGGCGGACCCAAAGACGGGGAAUUGGGCGUGCGAGGGAGCGGCGUCUGCGUACGGUGGGCCGUGCAAGUCAUGCCAGUUGCUUUCGGACAAUAGGCAACUGAAAGGCGUUAUCGAACGAGCGAAGGAGGACGCCCUGGUAGUUCGUGACCGUGGGAGGAAGCAUGGCGAGCUGACGGCGCACCAGCUGACUGAGCGGGCGAACCUCCAUAAAGAUCGUACCCAGCAACAGCGUCUACUGUGGUUCAACUCCAGCAAGCACGCGGGGAAACUGACGGAGAACAUCGACACCCACAAGCGCAUCACCCUGCUCCUUGGAUCCAAGAACAUCCCCGGUUUAGGGCUAACCCGUGCACGAACGUGCCCAUGGAGUGCCCGGCUUGUCGCUUGCGAACCCAAACGGUAGUCGUGUGGAAGUACUGCAUGCCGGUGCACGGAAUGCACGCGCACGGUGGCCCAGACAGCCCCGGAAUUCUCCCGCACAAGGAGUUCGUAAUAUCGUAUCAGUUGAGCGAAGAAGAGGUUAAAGCGGUGAAAGAGUUGACCGAGGGCACGGAUCGCCCCGCGAGGCUGGGUCCAAGAAAAAAAAAUCUAGGACAGGGGCGGGAUCCAGCAGUUCGACUCG